AUGAUAAUUUACACCACGCAUGACGUCUUGACCGAGAAUGAUUCUCCACUUGGUUAUUUUCUCUUACGGUGUGUAUGCCUCUACCUCGAAAUGGACAUGUACGCUGCUAUGGAGGUUCACACAACGAAUACAAUCGAGGAGGGGAGACAUACUGUCCAAGCAUUCACAGCACUCAUGAAGCAAUACAUGACUCAAACCGCCGAUGACAACUUGAAGAAUUGGGACUUUCCGAAACUGCACAUGACGACACAUAUAUUCGACGACAUCGAGGCUAAAGAUGCCUCGCGCAAUUACAACACCAAACCGAACGAGCAAAUGCAUGGGCCCUUGAAGGACUGGUACUUGAACCGGACAAACUUCAAAAACAUUGUGGAGCAGAUUCUUCGCAUCGAUCACUGGAUACUUGUAGCUGAUGACAUUGAUCGUCGUAUUUUGGACUUUGAUGAAUAUAUGCAGCAGAAAUCAGAUGACGAGAACGAUGAUUUGUUAGAUGACGAUGAAAAUACCGACAUUGACGUGGAUAUUAGUACUUUAGAUCGGUCACAACACGUGAGAAUGGGAUCAAGACAAGCUGUGCAGACCUUCUGUUCCAUCGAGAAUGCGCACAAGACCGAUGUCGAAUUCACCAACUUUCGCAUCAAACUGAAUGCUUUCUUAAAUGUCUUUCUACCUGCCUGCAACAUUCCACUGCCGAAUGGAAGAAGAAUCCACUUACAAUCAGAUGAUACUGUACGUUCGUUCAAUCCAGCCUUUUGUUACUACUAUACUGAUUUGAAACAGGUUACCGAGUAUUGA